CAACUCAGUCUCCCAGGAUGCACUGUGAAACCGGAAAUGACUAGGACUCCAUGGAAACGGCAGACUGGCGUGCUAGCCUGAGAACUGAAGAAGCAGAGUUUAGCUAGAUUUUGAAUCUGUGUCCCGAUAAACAAGGUAGAACAUUGAAUAAAUCCAGCUUAUCGCCUUCUGCAAAGAUGAGUCGUACACCAGAUUCAAGAGCAAGGGACAACCAGACAAAAACAAUCCAGGAAAACGUCACCAACGUGGAGAAGCAUUUUGGAGAGAUGUGCCAACUGUUUGCUGCCUAUACCCGUAAAACAGCCCGACUACGUGACAAAGCUGAUCUCCUGGUACGGGAAAUAGGCGCAUAUGCAGACACAGAAACACCAAACCUGAAAAGGGGAAUGAAAAAGUUUGCUGACCACCUUGCCAAGAUUGAGGAUUAUCGCCAGGCUGAGGUGGAAAGACUUGAAGCCAAAGUCAUAGAGCCUCUAAAAAGCUAUGGAGCUGUGGUGAAAUGUAAAAGGGAGGAUCUGAAGACAGCUCAGAGUGCCAGAGACAGAGAGGCCAAACAGAUGGCUCAGCUCGAGAGGACCAGACAGAGAAACCCCUCUGACAGGCAGAUCAUUUCUCAGGCUGAGAGUGAGCUUCAGAGAGCCACCAUGGACGCCACAAGGACUACAAGGCAACUGGAGGAGACCAUAGACGAGUUUGAGACGCAGAAGAUUAGGGACAUCAAGAGGAUCUUUGGGGAGUUUGUGACAGUGGAGAUGGCGUUUCAUGCCAAGGCUUUGGAGGUGUACACGCUGGCCUACCAGAGCAUUCAAAGUGUGGAUGAAGAGGAGGACCUGGAGGUGUUCAGGAGCUUGCUGCACCCCCCUGACUACCAGCCACGCUUAGACAUAGUGCGAGCUAAUUCCAAAUCAUCCCUGGAUCAGACUGGCUCCUUCCUGAGUACAUCAGGGACCUUACUGCAACAAAGAACCGGCAGCCGCCAGACGAGGAGAGAGGAGGAGGAAGAGGACGAUGAGGAGGAUGUGGAUGAAUCUGAAGAGGAGGAUGAAGAGGAGGACACGGAUGAUGAAAGUUAAUUUGUACAGGAGAGAAAGGAUAUUUUAAACCAAGUGUGUUACCGUUUUACAACCUUAUAAAAAGAAAGGCUGUGUCAUUGCCAAAGUCACCUGGCACAGCUGGUGUAAGCAGUAUUGUAGUAAAAGUGUUGUAGUUGUG